AUCGUUUUUUAACUGACAUUUCUAACUUAACACCACACGUCAUUUGGAAUUGACAAAUAUCCACAUUUUUACAUGUACACGAUUUUUGAUAUUUUUUAUUAUGGCGGCACCGUUAACAACUUUUCCUGAAGAAGACAAAUGUCCCAAAGUGUGCAACGACAUAGGCGCGUUCAAAAAGGCAGCCAAAAGUCCCGAACAAGCGCUCGAAGAAAUCAAAAAUGCUCAAGAAAAUAUAGGACAAGAGCCGAAUUCUCCUCAAGAACACACAUCUACAAAUGUAGAAGAACCCGAAUCAACAAGACCUCCGCCAUCUGGCGAGGAGUAUUUGUCUGAUUUAAAACCUGGACAAGACGGCAAGGUGGACUGGACUCCGCUGGGAAACAUGACUGGCACCAGACCAGCUGUCAACAAAUAUUCCAUCAGCAGAUACUCCCUUAGCGAAUGGAGGAAGCAUAAUGAGAAAGUUCUCGAUCCAGAGGUCAUUAACGAGUCGAAUAUAGUUGAUUAUAAUGCUAAAACAUCCAUCAUGCAAGCAUUCGGCAAUAUUGACAAACAACAAGGUGAAAAUACUAAAAGAUUGAAACAGAAGGCUAGAGACAUUUUCAGAUGGAAAGUCGAGGUAGAGAAGGCAUGUAAAGCGAUCACAGAAGAAGUAGAGAUGCUUGAAAUCGAAAGGCAGAGACUAAAAGGCGCAUCAAGAGUGCUGAUGUUGCCAGAAUCGAUAUCUAAAGAAUGCUUAGAUCUUCGCUCAAAUCGUUUUCAGCCUGAAUUAGUAUCCGACCUAGCUGAACAGGAAUUAAUCAAAGAGAUGAACUUGGUAAGUGAAGUGAGAGCGAACCUGAAGAACACUUUAGACAAAAUUGAGGAACAAAUGGCGAUAAACAAGGCAGCAAAGCAUAGAAUAGAAUAUGACUGGUGCGACAAGGCUAUGGCUUACAAUACCGAGGCUAUAAACUUAGGUCUGAAUACAAAAUCCAACACCAUUCUAUUCAGGCCUGGUUCAACUAGAUUUGGGGAUUACACCGCGCCUUUGGAGUACUGGGAGUAUUUCUGUAGAGAGAAUGUCCAGAACUGUGAAGCAGCGAGACAGAAGUCCGCUGAUCUCCGAGGAAGUCUCAACGCGAUACUGGUAAACGGCGGACGGAAGCUACGAAACCAAGCGGACAGGACGGACAUGGCACUUGCAGAGACUGUGGCAAUCACUUCAGAGCUGUGCACUAAACUGGAAGAGACGUUACGGAACACUUUACAACGAAUUGCAGACAUGGAAGCUUUGAUUGACGAUUUAAAGGAUUCGGUAAGGAAGAUGGACGCUGCUAUGAAGUUAGCGCAAACAAGACUUGAUAACAGGAACAACUGGAGACCGCACGGUGAAAGCGUCAGAGAUCAGCCGCACCUUGGACUGAUAGACGAAGUAAAAAAGAUUCACGAGACAGUGACGUCACUGCUAGGGCAGUUACGGAACGCGGAGAGAGUAAGAGAAGAUCUGAUGAAGAAAAGAAUAGAAUUGGAGAGAGAUAUAGCAUCGAAGAGAAAAACUUUGAAUAUAGACAGAGAGAGAUGUGGUAUGGUUAGGUCUCAUUAUCCCUCGGCAUCCGAAUUAGCUGGGUACUAAAUCUAGAAAAAUUGCUAUAUGUUGUUAAAAAUAAUUAUAACUGAUUUAAAAUUCUGUUACUCACUGCUAGUGUGAUUCUCAAGCGAAAAAGAAGGUAAAGGUCUAGGAUAGACGCAUAUCCUAAAUAUGGCAAUAGAAUCUUUCUCAAUAAAAACUAUGAACAUAACCUUGAUAAAAUCUGAGACCGAAUUCUGCUCAACCAUUUAGAGACAAAGGCGGCAGCUUAUACUUGAGCCUUACUAAGGAACACAUUGUAUUCCCAAGCAUAAAACAACCUUCAUGUAGAUUUGAAUCGAAAGCCACUAAGUUUAGUUGCCCGACCGGGAAUCGAACCCCACGCAUCUCAAUUCAAAUACGCUGCCACUAGUCUAUAAAUAUCGGAUCUAAUCUCGUAUAAAUUACACGUUUAUCACUUUCGACUGGCAAUAAAAUGUUCGUAUUUAA